UGGAUUUGAUCCAUACACAACGCCAUGGAUUUGAUCGAUCGAUGGAUUGCUUCAGGUUCAAAACAGUGGGUUCGUUCGAGCUAAAGUUCAGGCUAAGCUGAAUUCGACUUCCUCCUGUCUCCUUUUUCCCUUCGCUUUCAUCUUAAUUUCCCUUUAAUUUAUUCGAAGAAAUCAUCAAAACCGCAUCACUAUAUUAUGAAUCAUUGCGGGACAGAUAGAGAAUUGGGAUUGAAGUUAUAUGUCAUCUCUCUUUUGUUCCCACUGCGUUAGGGUUUUAUAUUCAUUUUGCUUUUGGGGUUCACACGAUAUUCGUACGUCAUACCUUCUUCUCUCACUGAUUGAGUUGUUUUAAUGUCCGAAAGAGGAGGUGUCACUCCUACGACCCAAUUCUGCGGCUGAAUUUAUCACUAAUUUGAGAUACCAAGAGCUAUUCUGGUUCGGAUCAUUCAUUUUUCGGUUGGUUUGAGCUGAGUUUGAGCUAGGGGUUGAAGAUGAAAAAUGGUUUCGACGGGAGAUCAUUGGCUGAAAAAUUCUCUGACUUGGCCGUCAGUGCUGCACCAGCAGAGCAAUCUAACUCCCACUCAUCCAACAAUCACAGUAACAACAAUGAUAGCAACUUGUUCCAGGUACUGAAAGCUGUUGAAGCAGCCGAGGCUACCAUCAAGCAACAGGUGGAGGAAAAUAACCGACUGAGGAUUGAACUUCAGAAAAAGAUCCAGAAACUUGAGAAAUAUAAGGUUGAUGAACCUUUGGCUCAAAGGCUUCAUUCCACAAACCAAUGGAUUGAGAAUGACCAUCAAGGAUCUAAUGGGGAGCAUCAAUCAGAUAUUUCAGGUGAUAGUGAAGGACAUAGGUUUAAGAAGAACAUUUCUAUUGUUGAUUCACAGGGUGCGCUAGUUGUCCAUCAAGAUGUUUUGCAAAAGGAUGAAGUUUCCAUGCGGGUUGAUACAGAAUCUCGCUUUGAGAACAGCAAGUCGGACAGGAUGGUGAAUGCUCUUCCUGGUGUUCAGCCACCGGUUGACAAUGCUGGUUGCUCACAAUUCUCUUCACCAUCUACAACAUCUUUCUCUGCUAGCAGGUUUGCAGUGGAUGGAGAAUAUGAUCCACAGAUUAAGUUUUCUGGACAUGGCAUGAUGCCAAAGGCUGAAGCAAAUAUUCCCAACAGUCUCUGGAAACAGGAUCUUGUUGUUAAAGUCCAGGAACAUGAAGAUGAAAUUGUGCUGUUACGCAAGCAUCUUGCUGAUUAUUCUGUCAAGGAAGCACAAAUACGAAAUGAAAAAUAUGUUCUGGAAAAACGUAUUGCCUAUAUGCGUUUGGCCUUUGAUCAACAACAACAAGAGCUUGUUGAUGCUGCUUCUAAAGCUCUCUCCUAUAGACAAGACAUAAUUGAGGAAAAUAUCCGUCUUACAUAUGCGUUGCAGGAAGCUCAACAAGAGAGAACCACCUUUGUAUCAUCUUUGCUGUCUCUUCUUGCAGAAUAUUCACUGCAACCUCCUGUUCCUGAUGCUCAAUCCAUCGUCAGCAAUGUCAAGAUUCUAUUCAAGCACUUGCAGGAGAAGCUUCUUCUCACUGAGACAAAAUUGAAGGAGUCACAGUAUCAAUUAACACCUUGGCGCUCUGAUGCAAGCCACUCAAGUUUUGCACCACAGUCACCCUUCCAUUCUGUUGGUGCAACCUUAACCGCUUCAACUAAAAAUGGGCUUGAGUUGGUUCCUCAACCUUCUUAUUGGAACGGGAAUAUCCCAGUUUCUUCUUCUGAUGCUCAGACCACAGCUGAUUGGGAUCUACCCAGUCAUCAUCAGAUUGGUUUAGAUGUUGCAAAAAAGUUGGAACCAGAUGAUUUGGGGAGGUAUUCACAUCAAGCAAGCAGUGACGCUCUUCACACUAUUCCUUCAGAUCUAACUUCUGUUAGUCUACUUGGUACACGUUACAGUGAAGGAACAAACAAACAGGUGACAUUUCGUGAACCUGUAACCAAUAGUGAUGAUCAAGAUGUGGCCGACCAAACAGAGAGAGAACCUAUCUCCAACUGGAGUUCUGGGCAAUCACCUCCUCCUGCCACUCUUGAUGAACCAAGCUCCUCUCAUUCUCAAAUUCUGCCUCCAGUCCUCGAGGAACCUUCACCUUCGUUUUCUGAAGAUGAUGAUCCAUUACCUGCUAUUGAGGGGCUUCAAAUAUCUGGUGAAGCUUUUCCGGGGCAAGAGCUCCAAGCAUGUGGAUACUCAAUUAAUGGAACAACUAGCUGUAAUUUUGAGUGGGUCCGGCAUUUGGAGGAUGGAUCUGUGAAUUACAUUGAAGGGGCAAAGCAACCAAACUAUCGUGUUACUGCGGAUGAUGUUAACACCUAUCUAGCUAUUGAAGUCCAGCCUUUGGAUAACAGAAGGCGCAAGGGAGAGCUUGUAAAAGUUUUUGCCAAUGAUCACCUAAAGAUUAUUUGUGAUCCCGAAAUGCAGAACCACAUAGAGAAGACUCUUUCUAGUGGUCAUGCUUCAUAUAAAGUAUCCAUGGGGGCCGGAUAUCCAGAUACAUGGGAAGUGGCUACACUAUCCAUCAAAAGGGAAGGAUACAGUAUAAAAUGUAGCAGGCCUGGUGGUGAUGUCAUCACUGAAAAGUUUUCUCCAAAUACAACUAUUUCAAUUCCAUUUGGAGAUCCCUCUGAGUUUGUAAUAACUGGUUCAAACAAAGUUGAGCAUCACUUGCGUGCUGACAACAGUUCUGCAGAUAUUAGCUGUUUAAGAGAUACCAUUGUGCUAACCUUGAGACUAUUCGUUAUUAGGGCAGGUGAGAGAAGAAAAGGGAAAAGGCGAGUUUUGUUCUUUCACAAACAUGUGCCGCCACAUGUAGCUCACUUAGGUCGCAGGGUUCGUGGUGUAGAGGUGAGACCAUGCCUCUCCUACGACAUUUUGAGACAUUUCUAAUCUGAUUGGUGUAGACAUGAUUUUGGCAAGCAGACAUAUGGUGUCGUGGAAUAUCCCUUUGGUGUCUGACUUAUACCAAAUUUGGCGAGUUUUCAUAUUUCAUAUGGCUGUGCUUGAUUCUAAAAUCGCAUUUUUAAAUUUUCUUUAGAACCUGACUUUUCAGGUUAAGGCUCGAGACCUUAUCCUGCCCUUCAACAAGUCUUUUUGUGACACUCAAGUCUACUCAAUGUCCAUAUCUUACUUGUGUUUCGUCUUCUCUUCAAUGCUUACUCUGUGUGGUGUGUUGGAUGAUGCAUCGUCCUCUGUGUCACAUUAUAGUACUCGUCUAGACCCUCGUAUGGCCGGAUGGACGCUACUUGA